AUGUCCGCGUCGAAUAUCCGGGUAUUCGUGCAAUGGAAGGACUCGACCGUGUUCGCUGGCGAAGACAUAGAAUGCACAAUCACCUUCAAGAACGUGGCGCCCGUCGAGGGCCACGACAGCUCGCCGACGCGCCGCCAGAACGGCUUCGGCCAUGGCGGGGAGCGACAGCGCAAGCUGCCCCCUGUGCACUCGUCGACCAGGCCGUCCGUGUCGCGCAACUCGUCGUUUGCCUCGCAGGCCCCGCCGUCGCAUCUGCGCGGCCACCGCCCCACGCUGUCGCUGCGCACCGCCUCCAACGCGGGCGACAGCCGCUCGUACAUCUCGCCGAGCGAGGCCCUGGGCAGCAGCAGCGCGCGCCAGAGGCCCGGCCGCUCGCUGUCCAUCAUCUCCCUGGGCGCGAACGCCGCCCCCGACGCCAGCCAGCCCGCGCCCAGCACCACCCCGCGGCGCCCGGCGAGGGGCCAUGGCAGGUCGGCCAGUCUGCAGGUCGUGCCCGGCAGGCCCAGCUCGCAUCCAACCGCCUCGCCCGGCCACCGCUCUGCAACCCACCCCUCGCCGCUCUCGGCUGGCCUGUCCACGCCGCCCGUCAUCUACGAGCCCGCAGCCGACUCCGCGUUUGCUGCGCGCUCCCCACGACGAAGGUCCGGCAUCACGACGACGCCCAGCACGCCUGCCCUCCCCGUCACAACACGAAAGCCGUCGGGCUCCUUCUCCUCCAACUUCAAGUUCCCCGCCGCCCCGCCGCCUGACGCUGCCCCAUUGGACGAAACCGACCACUUCGACACCAAAGUCCCGCCCACGCCAGUCGCCCCAGUGCGACGUCCCUCUCCGCGACUGCAGGGCGAAUCCCGCCGCAUGCCAACCAACCACAACCUUGAAAUCCUCUCCCCGGUAGCGCGAAUACUAUCUGGCUCUAGCAUGGACGGCACCCCACGCAGCAGCGGAGAGUUCUACUCCAUAAGCAACAACUCCACCGAGACUCUGGUCUCAGAGUACGCAGCCCACCCGUCUGCUCGCCUCCUACCAAAAGCAGUGCACCAACGACGAUCCAGCCUUUUGGCACCACCGAAUCGGCAGUACGCUUCAGAAUCCAUCAUGAUGGGCUAUGCUCAGAUCAUGGGGUCCUUCACCCUCGACGGGUCCCUCAUCAACCAGGCGCCUUUUGAAGAAGUAAAGAGAAAGGGAGUCGUAGGGGGUCAAGGAGGCGGCGGGGUGGUUGGGGUCGAGAGAACAAAGCGCGACAGUGGCUUGUUUGGGGCUCUGGGGUGGGGGAACCUGGGGGAGUCUCUAGGUGGCUUGUUAGGCUCUUCUGAACCCUCGAGCAUCCGCGAAAUGAGGGGCAUCGCCAGCUCAAAAACAGUCCCUCUCAUCACCACGCCACAGUCCAUCUUGUUUGUCGACCUGAAAUUAGCUCCUGGUCAAAGUCGCAGUUAUACAUACAGCUUCACCAUACCCCGAGGCUUGCCACCUUCACACAAGGGACGUUCUAUGAAGGUGGCAUACAAUCUUACCAUAGGUACCCAGCGUGCUGGGUCGACCAAAGAUCAACAAGUGAGACACGUAGAAGUCCCAUUUCGGGUAUUUGGUAGUGUGAAUAGCCGCGGCGAAAUCCUCGGACAUGAUCUGAUGUCACCGUACAUCAUACUGCGCGACCAAGCCCGCACAACAACCGUGGACGCUGCAACAACUCCCACCAUGGGCAAGAAAGGAUCCAUUACAGUAAAAGUAGACAGCACCGCAUUUGAUGAUUUUCGCGACUAUGUCGACAAUCUCCUUGAUCGACCGCGGCAAAAUUCAAGCAUGGGCCUGCUAUCACCAACUGAGACCGUUCCCGGGCGAUCCUCGUUUGCCGAAGCACCCCACACCAUGAAAGAAGCCAUCGACACAGCUAUCCUGCGCAGUAACCUUACAGGCGCAGCAAACCAGAGCGCUAAUCGGUUCGAGAUUGCUCGUAGUGGUCGGCGCGUGGCGGUAAUUAUGCUGGCUCGGCCCGCUUACCGACUAGGGGAGACCAUGUCCGCAGUGAUCGACUUUACCGACUCGCACAUACCCUGCUACUCAAUCCAUGUCUCCCUCGAGACUUCGGAAAAAGUGGAUCCUGCAAUAGCAUUACGAUCGAACGCGUCCAUCUACCGCGCCACUAAAAAAGUACAUGCAUCCUUUUCCGAUAAUGCACUGUUUGCGCAAAGACUUGCUUUCUCGCCUACCAUUCCACCGAAUGCGACACCGGAAUUCAUCACAAGUGGUGUGAACUUGGAGUGGAAGCUGAGGGUUGAAUUCAUCACGCCGCGUGUGACUUUCGAAGAUGGAGAGGAAGCUCUGUGGGACGAUUUGCUCGAAGAGAUAUCGAGUGACGAUAGGGGUGUUGUUUUGGCGGCAGCGCAGAGACUGCCAGCUGAGAGCUUCGAAGUGCAGGUCCCGAUACGAGUGUAUGGCGCCGUCAGCGGACCGUCUGAGCUUGUGGACAACGACGGCCUGCCGGUAUGA